UCACAACCAUCUUUACCACAGAGUCCUAGAUGAUCGCAUAAAGGAGAUGAUAAAAUAUGGACAGACAGCAAGUUGAUUACUAUCGCCAUCUUAAUUAUUUGAGUCCCGAAAUGAGUUGAAACUGGGUGCUAGACCAUCCAAAAAGUUGUUUCUCUGAAAGCAAGAUAAAGACUAGACCUCUAUAUAAUAACAAAGAAGGGACAGAACCAAGUACAGGAAACCAUUAUAUAUGAGUGAGGGAAUCAUCAUGUGGCCAUAUAUGUAGGCCAAUAUGAAGGCUAAAAUUUCAACAAUCAUCUUCAUCAUGUGGCUCUAAGUGCAACAUCAUGAUCUGGAAAUCCAAAAAUCAAAUUACAUAGUACUCUCAUAUUGCAGCCUCAAAAUUCUUAAGAAAAAAAUUCCAUUUCUCUGUUUCUUGUUUCUUCUUAGUUCUUUCUUUCUGUGAUAAUGGAAGAUAACCAUAGCCACCAUCAUUCGGAAUCUCAAAGUCAUAAAAGCCACCAGCACAAUGACAUGAUCCCUUCAACAUCCAUUCUCUUGAUAAUCAUUCCAGUCAUAAUUAUAAUCUUGCUUAUUGCAAUAUCUCUUCUCAUCGUGAUGCUUAAGCGCAUACAAUCUGCCAAACACAACACGAUUAAUAGUUCAAAAAGCACAAGUCAUGUCAUCAACAACAGCAAUUGUAUGUUCAUUGCUCACAGCACCAUCAACAUCCAUUCCAGCCCAGAAGUAAAAGGUGGAUGUUUGCACGGACAGGGAGGAAGUUCAUCAGGAAGGAUGCCACAAUCUAAAUUGAGAGGAGUUCAAGUAUUUACAUACAAGCAGCUGGAGAUGGCUACCGACAAUUUUAGUGAGGCAAAUUUAAUUGGAAAUGGAGGUUAUGGGGUUGUCUACAGAGGAAUCCUUACUGAUGGGACUGUGGCUGCAAUUAAACUUCUGCAGAGGGAAGGCAAGCAAUGGGAACGUUCUUUUAGAUUAGAGGUGGAUUUAUUAAGUCGCUUACACUCUCCUUACCUGGUUGAACUUCUUGGCUACUGCGCAGACCAACAACACAGGCUCCUAAUAUUUGAGUAUAUGUCUAACGGUUCACUCCAACAGCAUCUACAUAAACAAUCCAAGAGUUCAUUAAACUGGGGAAUUAGAUUGAGAAUAGCCCUUGAUUGUGCUAGAGCAUUGGAGUAUUUGCAUGAGCACACAACCCCAUCAGUCAUCCAUAGAGGCUUCAAGUGCAGUAAUGUUCUACUUGAUCAAGAUUUCAGAGCUAAGGUAUCUGAUUUUGGUUUAGCGAAAAUUGGCUCGGACAAACUGAACGGUCUGAUCUCAACGCGAGUAUUAGGGACCACAGGAUAUUUGGCCCCCGAGUAUGCUUCAACUGGCAAACUUACAACAAAAUCAGAUGUAUACAGCUAUGGUGUGGUUCUUCUAGAGCUAUUGACAGGCCGUGUACCAAUCGAUACAAACCGGCCUCCUGGAGAACACGUGCUUGUCUCAUGGGCUCUUCCAAGAUUGACAAACAGAGAAAAAGUAGUUGAAAUGGUAGAUCCAACAUUAGAAGGCCAGUACACCAAGAAAGAUCUAAUCCAGGUAGCAGCUAUAGGAGCAAUGUGUGUGCAAACAGAAGCAGAUUAUCGUCCGUUAAUGACGGAUGUUGUGCAAUCCUUAGUACCUCUUGUGAAGACAUACUCUUCUUCAUGUCCUUCCAAUUCCUUCAGGUCUUAGGAUGGAGCUACUAUUCAGAAGAUGAAGAGGUUAUUUGAUCACAUAUUGGACAAUGUCCAUCUGUAACAUACUUUUAAUGCGACAAAGCUUAUGUAUUCAAAUAGUAACACCCUAAACUUUAGACCGUUUAGAAAUGCUUCAUUGUCUAUUGAA